AUAUAUAUAUAUAUUUGUUGUUCUUCUUCUUAAUUGAACCCUUUUUACCCCUUGCCAUUGAAGUAAAUACAUCUGGUUCAUUUAAUUGUCACCAUAGUAAUCAGAUGUUGAUCAUAACAGGAUUGACUUGAUGUAACUAUGGAAGUGUUGUUUAACCUUGCAUAGCCAAAAGCACUGUAACUAAUGUAGAAUCAAGCCGAGCUCUGUUCACUGUUGUUUUAUUUUUACUUGUGCCCAAAUGUUUCUCAGCCUGUUUCUAGGUCUGUGUAUAGUAGGGCCCUGGGUCCAAGGCCCAUACAACCAUAUCAAUGAAACCACUCUAAUAUGACUGUGAUGGUCCUUUAAAACUAAUGUCAAAGAAAUAAUUAUAUGCAUUGGGUUGGGGAUAUAUGUGCCCUGAAGGACUAUAUAUUUGUUAAUCCUCACAGGGAGAUAAUUUUUGUUUUACAGCCUACACAGUGCCAGUAACUCACGUAGUGAAGCAUAAUGGAAAGAUGAUUUCCUGAUCAAAUAAUUGGUGACAUUGAUACCUUACAGAGUAUUUAAUACUUUACUGUAAAAAGUAUUUGAUACUGUACUGUAGGACUUAUGUUACUAAUUAUCACCAGUUUGCCCACCAAUUAAUUUACAAUGUAAUAUACACUCUGAAAGUAUUGUGGAAACGUUUGAAUUGUUUAAUUGAAUGUCUCUCCCUCAGCGUUCGGUGUAUAUACUUAUUCACAGCUCAAAAGUACAGGUUUUCUAUUUGUGGUGGGAGUUUUGUUGCCAUGAAAUCUGCUUCACUUUAGACUUCAAACGUAUGAUGGCUUUGAUUGGGUUUUACUGUGGGUCGGAUCUUUUUUUGCCAACAUGCCUCUAACUAUGUGUGCCUAGAGUUAUGUAUGCGUACGUUGCAGAUCUCAUUUUUUAACUUACUGUUUAGAAAUAAUUAGUGCCUUGAGAGUAAUGGGGAGAGUUCUAAUGUUGGGUCUGUGUGCUUAACCUUUCACACGAACCUCCCAAUGAGUCUAUGCAUGAUUUGGAGUUGUGGGUGUGCUGAUCUCAUGUUAAAGAUGUCCAAGGUAAAGACGGUGAAUAAACAAUAUCACCACAAGGUGGUAGUAUCCUAUCAAUGUCAUUAUCUCCACACCCCUCAGCGGGCCAUAGGGGACAUUUUGACCAUGCCAGUCCUGGUCCAACACACAAAUAGAUGCUGAUUGCACAUGGUUCUCCACUCCUCAAAAACUGGACUGUUAGGAUGAGUGUCAGCAUCCACACAGCAGUAAUAGAUAUUCUUGCUCCUCGCUGUACGAAUGAACUUCUUCCAGUUUGACAGUCAUAACUAGACGUAAGUUGCAGAGCAUCAUUGUAGCUUAUUAAUAGGUGUACUGAGUAAAUGUACAGUAUAAAAUGUAGCACAUCUCAAACUGCUGUACUCGUGUCCAGAGUGUCCUUUACUGUGGAAUAAACCCCCUCAAAUAUUUUGUCAUCUUGUGCCUUGUUAUGUGGUUUAAUUGUGCAUUCAUAUCUCAGCACUCAACUUUUUAUGGCUCAGUUUGGUACCACAUCCAUCAACCCCAGAUUAUCUAUAGUAUCCUAUUCCCCAAAUGACCAUGUGGAAGUAAUGACCAGUCAAUACCUUGAAGGCCUAUGCUAUAGCAAUUUACAAAUAUCUUAAGAUGUCUGUGUUUAAAAAUGUUUUUGUCUAAUGUGGAAUGUUUUGCAGGGACAACAUGUUUUCAUCUGGUCUUUGGCACUAAUACAGCUCCCUCUCCUCCAAACAGAUAAGGCUGUGCAUCAGGAAACACUCUGCAUUCUUCCUGCUUGGUGUCAUGUGGAUCAGAGUAGCUUUCCUAUUUGGAACACCGCAGACACAGUCAUUGGUGCCAGUACCAAAUCACUGACAUGUCAGCUAAGACAUUUGGAGAACAAAGGACUUAGAAAAGGAGGGUGACAGUUGGCUGACUUUCUUCACAGCAUCAAGCCUAUAAUUUCCCGGAGGUGCCCCAUGGGCCAGACACAGCACUCUGGAAUGAGGAACUUACCAACACUGGUUGACAUGCAAAAGGAUAUCGAUAACUAUUCAUAUUUGCGGUGAUCAUGCGAGCAGUGUUGCUGCUGAUUGUAGCUGGGCUGGUGGACCUCAGCUUUCCCCAGAGCCCCGGCUCCUUCCAUUGGCUGUGGUACCUGCGUGGCCGCAGGCGCCACCCCGACACCCUGUGGAUGGACCGCGUGGGUGAGGACUGCCCACUGGAGUGUGACUGCCCCUCCACUUACCCUACAGCCAUGUAUUGUCACAGCCGUAACCUGCAGCAUGUUCCUUAUGUCCCCUCCCGCAUGAAGUAUGUCUACUUGCAACGCAACCAGAUCACAGGCAUCCAGGAGGGGGUGUUUGACAACGCCACAAACUUGGUCUGGGUCAUGCUCCACCAGAACCAACUCAGCUCUGACAAACUGGGUCUGAAUGUUUUCAGCAAACUUAAAAAUCUGGAACGACUCUACCUGAAUCACAACCAGCUGACCCGCUUGCCCCUGAACCUGCCCAAGUCUAUUAAAGAUCUUAGGAUAAACCACAAUAAGAUAUCAAAGAUUCUGGCUAGCUCUUUUGAGGGGAUGACUAACUUAACCAAACUCCAUCUCCAUGCCAAUUCACUUGAGGAGGUUGGGGGAGCUUUCAAGGGGCUUAAGUCUUUGAACAUAUUGGACAUCAGGAAAAACCAACUGAAGAGAAUUCCAGGGAAUCUCCCAGAAAUGCUGCAUCAACUCUACCUUGAGUAUAAUAAUAUUGAGAGUGUGCCGGAAAACUUCUUCAGUAGUUAUCCUAUGCUGCAGUUUCUAAGGUUAGCUCAUAACAAGUUGACAGAUGGAGGGAUUCCACGCAACACCUUCAAUGUCAGCACUCUGGUGGAACUGGACCUGUCCCACAACAAGUUGGAGAGGAUCCCUAUUGUCAGUAGAAGUCUUGAAAACCUGUAUCUACAGGCUAAUCAAAUCAAAGAGUUCUCUCUGGGUAGUUUCUGUGCUAAGGUGGACAUGGCUAACUACUCCAAGUUGAAGGUGCUGCGUUUGGAUGCCAAUCAAAUUAGUCCCAAAGAUGUGCCAUCUGAAGCUGCCUACUGUCUACGUCUCGUUGCCUACAUAGAUGUGUAGCUCCUUUAUUUUUGUACAUUUUAUUCUGUUUUUGAAUAACAUAUCCUGGAUCUUGUUAAUAACUUGUAAGCCUCUGUUACUAGUUAUUAUAAGAAUCCCAUCUGUUUCUCUUCAAAUAGAGCCUAACGUAUUUUGUAACUCGUCAUGGCUUAGCUCCAUGUCUUAAAUUGAUGAUGAAUGUUUAGUAAAAUAACCAUAUUUUCAUCGUAUUCCUUCUGAGGGUAUACAACUAAUGGGUUACACUUCUAAUGUACUUACUCUUAACUACUUCUCAUCAUGUUCAAUACUCUGUGCAUUUAGGAAUUAUGAUUAAAGAGUUGUGUUGUUU